CUAUUCAUAAUAUUUUUUACUUCUCUUUUGUUAAUGAAUUGUUAGAUAUUUUGAAGAAACAAUUAUUCAAUUCCAUAAAACCCUUACUAAUAAUUCUAUGAUAUAUCUUUUUUUUUUCUUAAAAAAAGAAAAAACCUGAGGUGACGAUGCCGCUGGUAGACGCUCAGGUGAGGUAUUGUCAGGCGCACGGCAGAUUGAAUCAAGAAGAGGAAACGCAACAUGAAUGGACUCUCUCACUCUCUCUCGUUCAGUCUCUUGCUCUAUGUAGCUAAUCGAAUAGCUUCUUCAUUGAACCUGAAUACCGCCCACUGUUGAUGUCCCUAAUGUGAUAUCUCCCUCGAUUGAGCUCGCCAAGAACCUUCAUGGAUCUGGAGCCGACGAUUUCGUUGUAAAACAUCUACAAUAAGAUAUCAUUCGUGCAAUAGAGAGUGGAAAGGUGUUGGUGCUGAUGGGUGCGCUAGAGAUGGAAUAAAAUGUUCGUCGUUUUAACCUCCUUGAAAUGGACUUCAGAGGGAGAUUUGCAAAAGGAGUCGGGUCGAGUGUAGCAAAAGGAGUGAUCGAAGCCUUUGUCAAGAUUCUCAAUGCUUAGAUCUGCAGUUGGAAGGUAUUGAAGAUUUUGCAGAAGAUGGGAAGUAGUGGUGCUAGCAGUGAAGUUGUGGUUUCCAGCAGCGAAGAUGCUGAAUGUUCUGAGGCUACUGUUGAAAUAAAGAUUAAAACAUUGGAUUCUCAAACAUACACUUUGCGAGUGGAUAAAUGUAUGCCUGUUCCUGCAUUGAAAGAGCAAAUUGCUACUGUUACUGGUGUAUUGUCAGAACAGCAGCGCCUGAUAUGUCGAGGAAAAGUUUUGAAGGAUGAUCAACUACUCUCAGCCUACCAUGUGGAAGAUGGCCACACUUUGCAUUUAGUAGUUAGACAACCGAUUCCCUCAUCAUCAGAGCCCUUGCCUGACCAUCCAGGGGCUGAUCUGGCAGCAGGCAUUGGCAGUGGUCAAAAUAAUCAAACAGGUCCAAGUGUACUGGUUGGAACCUUCAACAUAUCUGAACAAGGCGAUGGAAUUCUUCCAGAUUUUCAUCGGAUUGUCUCAGCUGUUCUCAGCUCUUUUGGUGCCGCUAAUAUUGGCAGUGGUCGUGAAGGGGCCGAUCUUAGGGAGCAUUUUAGAAGACAUGGUCUUAGUGGCUUGAGAGAUUCUAGUGGACAGCAAUCUGACCAGGCCACUGCAAGAGGCCACUCUAAUCCCAUGAAUGGUGCUUCUAUGCCUUCCGCUGUUGUUCCUUUGGAUCAUCUGCCCCCACUGGUGAUUCCUGACGCUUUGACGACAUUGUCCCAAUAUUUGAGUCAUAUGAGGCAUGAAUUCAGUUCCAGUGAGUUGGCACUUGGAGGUCAUGGCAACAAUUCUCAGGCUACUGGUACUCGUGGGAGAGAUGGACAAGAACCUAAUGCUGCUUCGCACGUAGCUGCUAGGCAAGGAGGGCUGCCAACACCAGCAUCACUGGCAGAAGUUAUGCUCUCUACAAGACAAAUACUCAUUGAACAGGCCAGGGAAUGCUUAUCUCAACUUGCAAGACAAAUAGAGGAACAUGCAAAUGUAACUGAUCCAUCAGCACGCAUGACCAUCCAGUCUAAUGCUAUGAGAUAUGGAGAUCUUUUGCAAAAGUUAGGUGCUUUGCUGUUUGAGCUUGGUCGUACAACGAUGACAUUGAGAAUGGGUCAGGCACCGGCCGAUGCUGUGGUUAAUGCUGGACCUGCAGUCUUUAUAACAACAUCUGGUCCUAACCCUAUGAUGGUUCAGCCUCUACCUUUUCAACCGGGAACUAGUUUUGGCACAAUCCCCUUAGGAAGUGUACAACCUGGCUCUGGUUUUUCUGGUGGAACUCCUGGUUCUGGUUUUCUUCCAAGGAAUAUCGACAUAAGGAUACGUACAGGUUCAUUGAUGUCAACAGCCUCAGUUAACCCAGGAGAACCAACUGUGGCACAGCAAACCCUGGGGCAAGACAGCCAGGCAAUCUCUAGUCAUGCACAUUUUGUUAAUCAAGCUACUGCUGUACCUGAGGGUCCAUCUUCUACUAGAGAGCCUGAAGUACGAGUGGUGCCUAUUAGGACUCUGGUUGCAGCAGUACCUGCUCCUCUUAGGCGUAUACCUUCUGAUUCAUCUCAUAGUUCAGUGGGGUUAUUCUAUCCUGUUCUGGCAAGAAUUCAGCAUGUAGCUAGUGGAAAUUUGAGCAAUGCUAGAACAUCUCAAACUUCUGAUGAGCAUCUCCCUACUGGUCUAGAUACUGAGCGGCAGCAAUCCUCGGAAGCUACAGUGCAACAAGAAAACAAUGCCUUUCCUGAAAGAGAUGGCACUACUAGCACUCUGGGUGCAGCUCAGGAUGGUCAGGGAUCUUCUACGCAGAUUCAUGGAAGUCUUGAUCAGUUGCUAAGAACUUUAUUUCCUGGUGAGCAAAUCCAUGUUGGCAAUGUCAACUUUCAGGGGGCACCUCCAAGUUCUGUGGCUGAGCAUGUGGGAACAACUGAGGCUGGUGCUACUGUGCAGGAGGCAGCUCCUGCAGUGGCUGAUGGACUAUUCUUGUCUAAUGUUCUUCAUCAGAUCAUGCCUUUCAUAUCUCAAGGUGCUGGCAUGGGGUCAAAUAUUGCAUCACCAGAUAGUGCAUUUGUGGAGAAUAGUACCGUGGAAGAUUCCUCAACACAAGUGAACUCAGACAUUGGUACUUCACGUCGACAAAGCAACCCUCCAUUCCCUCCAAACUCAAAACGGCAGAAGGUAAAAUUCCUGUGUAAUGUGGAAUAUAUCUCUAGAUCGUCCUGCAUAAGCUCAGGCAUUUGUUGUCAUAUACCUGCUGAUUUACUGAUGAGAAUCCUAUUUAGUCUUUGGUAGCUUGGGUUGCCCAAUGAAUAAAAGGCAAUAUGAUAUGAUUGAUCAUUCUCAUCAAAUGAUGUUGAUUUUUAGGGUCAUAACCUAACUGGGACAAUGGAAUCCACUGAAGGAUAGUUUCAAACCCUUAAGAUAUGGUUCUUAUGGCAAAAAGGUCUUGGGCUGCUUUUUGGAUCAGGUCAAAUUUCUCUCAUAAUGGGGAAUGCUUCAUGGACAUAACGUUUAGGGUCUGUUUGGAUCUAGGAUUUGGUGGGAAAAUGAAAGGAAAGGAAAAUAAGGAGGAAAUUCAUUUUUUCUUAUAUUUUCCUUCUCCAUUAAAAUUCUAUCAAAAA